AAUCUAAAUAAAAAUAUAAAUUAAUAUUGCUCUGAGUGAACAAUUUGUGAUAACACACACAAUCAUGCGUGAGCUAUUGAUUUCUAACACCCAACCUCCUAUCUUCAACAGACUACAAACUAAACAACUAAAGGAUCUGUCCAUUGAAAAACUAGUGAAAACUAGUAGUGAGUGUUGUUCUAUCGAACUUUGUCCCAAUCGGUAUCUCGAUACUGAAUCGCUUUCAAAAAUUCGAAAUCGAUUUGUUUCCGUUACUUGGCAUACUCCAUAUGACAUUGAUUCAAACAAUGUGGAUCAAAUUCCAGCUAUUUUUUUCAUUAAACAGCUCUAUUUACAAGGAUACAAUGUUCUAUUACAUUUGGCGGGAAGAAAUUUGACGAAGUAUCAAGUGAGAAGAAUUUUGGAUGCAGUAAGCAGUUAUGGAAUCAAAAAUAUCUUUGUUCUUCAAGGAGAUCCCUCUGAGAACAAAAAACAAAAAAAUGAAAACUGUGACUUUCCGUAUGCUGCUGAUUUGGUAAAAUUCAUUAGGAGAAAUUAUGGAGAAUUCUUCACCAUCGGAGUAGCAGGAUAUCCAGAAAAGCAUCCAGAAGCUGAAACUAUGGAGGCUGAUAUUGAACAUCUGAAAGAGAAGGUAGAUUUCGGAGCGAAUUUCAUUAUAACGCAAGCUUCCUACUCCUACGAAGCGUUCGAGAAAUUUGCAAAACUAUGUAGGAACAUUGGUAUCAGUGUUCCAGUCAUACCAGGAAUUUUCAUAAUCAAUUCCUUUAAGGCCUUAACGGCUAUGUCGAAUUUUUGCGGAGUAUUCGUCCCUGGCGAUAUUCUGGAUAUCGUGAAGAAAAAUGAAAAUAACAAAGAUGCAGUUGAGAACUUUGGCGUUUAUCAUGCUGCAGAGAUUAUCAAAAAGAUUCUACAAAAUAGAGACUUAUAUGGAUUUCAUGUAUUUUCUCUGAAUGAUUUUCAACUAUUGAAAAAAGUACUGAAAUGUUUGGGACUCUAUAGAAGCCACAUAGAAAGACCUUUUUAUUUAUGUGAAUCUUCAAACACCAUUUCAGAACAUUAUUGAAAAAUCAUCGUAGCCCAGUCAUGCUGGCAAGUUACCUACUGUAUGCUAUUGGAACAAUUAUAUAUGUAUUUCACUGUUCAAUUCUUGUGAAAAUAGAAACCUAAUACACCUUUGAGAAAUGAA